CGUGUUGGCUCUCAGCCCGGCGGCUCAGUAAUAACCGUCCUGUGACAGCAGCAGCUGUUCACACAACCAGGCAGCAGCAGCUCGCAGCAACAUGAGCAGCUCCUGAAAACUUCUCCGAACCCGCCGGAGCUCCACCGCUCCGAGAGGAACCGCCGCCAUGUCCCCGCUGCAGCUGUCCGUCUACUGGCGGCUGUCCCUCCUCUUCUUCUUCACGCCGUUCCUCUUCUUCCUCGACGUUUUCACGGCAGCCGUCGCGGCCAGAACGUGUCGCCAUGAGAACGGCACUGAAUCAGCCGCGUCCCUGCGCGGGACGUUCCCGCCCAGGGAAGGGAGGAACCAAUCACAGCACGUAGAAGCUUCAGAACUGGAGGCUGAUUGGAGGACGGAUAGAUUACAGGAAGAAACAGUGUGCGGUUGGACAGACUGGUUGUCUUAUGGUCAGACUGCCUACAUGGUGGGAUUGCUGCUGGGAUCUCUGGUGGGAGGAGCCAUUUCAGACAGGUACGGGAAACGUCCGGUUCUGCUGGCGUGCGCCUGUCUGCACGCCUUCUGCGGCCUGCUGCCUGCCGUUUUUCCUCAGCCGCUCCUCUUCCUCGCCAUCCGCUGCCUGACGGCGGUUUGCUGCUGCUGCAUCAACAUCUGCGCCUUCAGCCUGGCCGUAGAGUGGACCCUCCCGGCCGCUCGCCUCUGGCCCCCCGCCUUCCUGCCGUUCUGCUUUAGCCUGGGAACGAUGGGCGGAGCGCCGCUGGCCUGGCUGAGCCCCACCUGGACAUACCUGCACCUGUGUCUGUCCCUGCCGCAGAUCGUCUGCCUGCCUCUCUACCUAUCCAUCCCAGAGUCCCCUCGCUGGCUGCUGCUGCAGAGGAGAAAGGAUGUUUUAGAGAGUUACCGUAGCAACAGCACCGCAGAUAAAAAGUGUCUGGACCUGCUGCUGGACGCCGCCUCCUCCGACCUGCAGAGAGCCGCCGAAGCUCAGGUGCCAACGGCUACCGCCGGCGGCCGCGGGCCGAGUGACCUCACCCACCUGAGGCACCCGACUAUCCUGCUGCGGCUGUUCAUCAUGAGCUACCUCAGCGCCGCCACCGCCCUGACCUACUACGGGAUCUGCCUGAACAUCGGCUCGUUCGGCGUUGGCGUUUACGCCGCCCAGUUCUUCUCCGGCCUGUCGGAGGCCCCCUGCCUGCUGGUCCCUUUGGUUCGGAUGGGGCGGCGGCUCAUCUGCAUGUUGGCUCUGUUCCUGAGCGGAAGCGCCUGCCUCGUAUCACUGCUGCUGUCCAGAUACCACGGAACGCCGGCGCUGGUCAUGAGUCUGGCUCUGCUGGGGAAGCUGUGCAUCCUGGCGGCGACCUUCAUCUCCGUCCUGUACUGCAUCGAGCUGUUUCCUACCGUGGUCAGACAGCGCUGCUUAUCUCUGGUCAACCUGUCGUACCGCCUCGGUUGUCUGGUCACCACCUUCGUACCGCCCAGCCCCACCGGCGCCAUCUCAUUGGCUGCGAUGGUGGUGUACAGCAGCGGACCAAUCGUAGGCUGCGGCCUGUGCCUCCUGCUCCCAGAAACCAGCGGGGUGCCGCUUCCCGACUCGUUGGAGGACUGCAACAGGCAGCCCAAGAACCAAGCGGCCAGCUUCAGCGCCCUCUGGAGGCCACGGAAAACCAAGACCACAGAGAUUCCUCCACCAGAGAAGGUCGACGUCCAGACACCAGACGCACCGUUCCUUUAACGAGGAAAACGAUUGUCUGUGUUGGAUUCUACCUUAGGAUCAAACGGUUGGGUUCUUCUGAGGAAACAGAAGACUUGGUGUUUAUUGCUGAAAUGAACGGAUCUGAACAAACAGUCUGCUGGUUCGUCUGCAGCCCGGAUCCGGUUCCACUGACAGAACCUCAUUCCUAAACACGGUCCGGUCCGGACUCAUGGAGACCUGAACACUAUGGAAACAACUAAACUGGUGGAACUGCGCCCCCAACUGGUCAAAAUAUAAAGUGGGCGCAUCAGGAUAUUUCAAUCAUGUUUAUAGUUUGAGCCGUGAUUUAAUUUGUGUUCUUUCUAGUGUUUUGGUUAAAAAAA